AUGCCUCCACCUUUGUCAUCUUCAGCACCGAGUCGACCGGUAACCCGAAGACACAACCCUCUGGCCGAAGAUCUUUCACCCGCUGCCCACCUUCGCACCAAAUCCACAGUCUCCACAACCGGAAAGCGGAAAUCUCGGUCGUUCGAAGAGAAUGGCGAUAGUUACAUUGAUGCGGUAUCUUCGCGCAAAAUUCUCGCUAUAGCGCAAGAUCUCGUUGAGGAAGACGCAUCGGGGACGAAUAGAAUCGGAGCAGUUGGUGCGCCAAAUGCUGCCUUCGCUUUUGACUCAAGAGUUGCGGUCGAAGUCUCUGAUAAUGAACAAGAUGGGAAUGACAUAAAUCGUGAUGAGGAGGCAGAGUGGAUGCCGGACGAGGAUGUUGAGGAGGAGGAUCUUGAUCCAAGUGACCUCGCGGUUUAUAAUAAGUUCCUUUUGGAAGAUGACACAGCGGCAACAGUAGCACCAUCGCUUGCUACGCUCUCCACAAGUGGCCGAGUGGCAGGAAAGGAUUGCCCACGUGCAGGAGACGAGGUUCGCAAGGACAAUCAGACAACGAAUCUGGCCGACCUGAUACUCCAACGCAUCGCCGAGAAAGAAGCCCUCGACCAGCGCAAAGCAAACCUGCAAAACGCCUCUAUCAAUGACGCUACGUCUCUUGCUUCCGAGAUACCGCCCAAAGUCAUGGAAGUCUUUACAAAAUGUGGCCAGUUGUUAUCUCGUUACAAGUCCGGUCCGCUUCCUAAACCCUUCAAGAUCAUCCCCACCCUCCCAUCUUGGCCAGACCUGCUCACGAUCACCCGGCCCGAAUCUUGGACGCCUAAUGCUGUAUUCGCUGCAACCAAGAUCUUUAUCUCAGCCCCGCCUGAUGUGGCGCAACACUAUCUCAAUACCGUGCUCCUAGAUCGCGUGAAAGAAGAUAUCUACGAGACCAAGAAGCUGAACGUACAUCUAUACAACGCACUCAAGAAAGCACUCUACAAACCAGCCGCCUUCUUUAAAGGCUUUCUCUUCCCUCUGGUCAUUGAAAACUGCACACUACGAGAGGCCAACAUUGUAUCGAGCGUCCUAGUUCGUGUCAGCAUACCGGUCCUGCAUUCUGCGGCGGCAUUGCUUCGACUGUGUGAGAUCGCAGCAGAUCAAAGUACGACGGUCAACACCGAGAGUGCUGGCGCAUGUAACAUCUUCAUCCGUAUUCUGUUAGAGAAGAAGUAUGCAUUGCCUUACAAAGCAGUGGAUGCACUUGUCUUUCAUUUCCUGCGGUUUCGAAAUUCCAAAUCAGCAGCGGAAGAUGGUGAUACAGAGAUGUCAGGUGUACAGAACAAAUCCAAGCAGAUUGUAAAGGAUGAUAAGCUUCCGGUUUUGUGGCAUCAAUCUCUUCUUGUAUUCGCACAAAGAUACAAGAAUGAUAUCACAGAAGACCAACGGGAGGCAUUACUCGACCUCCUCCUUGUAAGAGGACACAAGGACAUUGGGCCUGAGGUUAGGAGGGAGCUGUUGGUUGGGAGGGGCAGGGGUACUGUGCAGCAGCUCGAUAGGGAAGAUGUCAGUGAUGGUGAUGAAAGGGAGGCCGUAAAAUUCCGCGGGUCUUUCACAUCGAAGGUGAUGUUCAAUGUAGCCCUGGCUUUCGAGUUUUCCAUUGGCAGUGGGAAUGAACUUCAGCUGGUUCGCCGACCUGAAGUUGUGGCUGGCAUGGAUCUGUCCUCUGGUCGAGGUCAGCGGGAGAAGAAGCCGACUGAGAAGGUCAAAGACACUUCCGUGAAGAAAGACGAGCCUAUCUCUGGUCAGCUUGUUCCACCCAAGUACAAGCUUCCUGAACCGGAUCCAAAAUGGUUUGAGAAACCAAAAGAGAUCCCAAAGACAUUCCACCACACGAAGAUCAACGAAAAGACAGGUGAGAAAUUCGAUUUCUACAGACUUGGUCCACAUCUGGAGUCCAAGGACAAACACCACUACUGCCGCGCAAUUCGUGACCAAAGCACUGGUCUUUUCCACAAUGUCGAAGCCCCUCCCUAUCACGCACGUCUCAGCGACGAAGAGCAUCCUCAGUGCCAGGACAAGCUGCUUCACCUAUUUGGCAAGGACAUGUUGGCAAUGAACGGCGAGAGCGGUCACUUUACCACCAAAGCCAAUGUCUUUGCACGCGAGGGUACACUCUACUAUGAAACCAAAAUUAUCUCAACUGCUCCAAUCAAAGAACUGAGUACCGAGCCGCUUGCAGUUACACAAAACCGCACCAAGACCAUGACUGAUACAGGUCGAGGGAGUCUGACCAUUGGUUUUGCCCGUCGCGAACAUCACUAUGGUCAGUCUCUUGGCUCCAAUCGUUACAGCUAUGGUGUCAGGACUGCCGCGGCUGCCAGCAGGUAUGGCAAUGGAAGUUUUCAGUCUCAGUACUGGAUGGUUAAACCGAAGAAUCCAGGACACCUCAAAGAUGGCGACGUGGUUGGUCUUAUGAUCACCCUUCCUCCCCUCGAUAUUCACCAGAAAGUUGCAAAAGGUACCUUUGAUCACGCGACCGAUGCGCCUCAACUUAAGGUCGGUCCUAAACAGUUCAAAAAAGCCAGCAAAUCCGCAUCCAAGGGCAAGGGAAAGAAGAAGGCUGUUCAGGUUGCUGAAGAGGAGACCGCGAAGCCGGAUCCUACCACACCAGCAAAUCUUGACAUCAUUCGCGAUCGCUAUCCUGUCUACUACAAGGGCAACAUCUACCAUGAGUCCAGCGAGUAUUCACCAAAUAUCUACGACAUGAGUGCCGUUCCGAUCGAGACAAGUAAGAAAGCCACGAUCAAUCCUGAGACUGCCAAACCUUGGGACAUGACCAAUGAUAUUCAUCCUAACUGUGAAGUUCCUUACUUCCGUACCCUUCCUGGCUCAAAGAUCGAAAUGUGGCUUAAUGGUGAAUACCAGGGCGUUGUAUUCGAACACCUGCUUGCUUUCCUCCCCCCUUGCAGCUACAUUGACGUAAGUGGGGCUAAGAAGCAGAUCAAAGAACCUUACGACGAUGGUACGCUUGGUUACUAUCCUGCUAUCUCUACCUACCAAGGUGGUGCAUGUGCGGUCAGAUUUGACGAGCCGUUUUGGCAUGGUGUUCCUAAAGAUCGUCCUGAGGCUAGACCAUUUGGUAUUCGUUACAACGAGCAGAUUGCAGAAGAUGAGGCGGCUGAUCUGGUUGACGAGGUCGCUUGGGGCAUCGGCAGUGGUGGUGCCGAGGCGCAAAUUCAAGCUCCAGGCACAGUAGCUCAGCAGGAGGCUUGA